GCAACAUUAAGCUUGAGUUUGUUUCUGAGACCAGAAAUUAUUGAGAUCUAAACCGUGUUGCAGUAGAAUCUCGACAAAAGAUCGUAGAGAGUGAGCAAUAUAUAUAAAUGACAACGACAGGUCCGGCAAGGACAAGCUCACUAAUGGACGAUCUCUUGGGACUCCUUAGAAUCCGCGUCAAACGUGGCGUCAAUCUCGCCGUCCGUGACAUCAAUAGCAGUGAUCCUUACGUCGUUGUCAAAAUGGGCAAACAGAGAUUGAAGACUCGUGUCAUUAACAAAGACGUGAAUCCAGAAUGGAAUGAAGAUCUUACUCUCUCCGUCACAGACCCCAGCAUUACCGUCCUCUUGACGGUGUACGACUACGACGUGUUUAGCAAGGACGACAAGAUGGGUGAUGCAGAGUUCGAGAUAAAGCCCUAUAUUGACGCUUUAAGGAUGCAACUUGACGGACUUCCUAGUGGAACCAUUGUCACCACGGUUCAGCCAAGUCGUCGCAACUGUCUAGCCGAGGAGUCUAAAGUCACUUGGAUCGACGGUAAGCUCGUCCAGGAUCUCGUUCUCAGAUUAAGACACGUCGAAUGUGGAGAGGUCGAGGCUCAGCUUCAGUGGAUUGACCUCCCUGGCUCCAAGGGUCUAUGAAAACUUAUCUUUACUAAUUACCGUUACUUUUUGAGGUUUUUUUUCUUUCAAAUUGAAUUAAACCCCAAAAGCACAACAAGAGACAGAACCAUCUUGAUGGUAUAGUGAAUUACAAACGCCUAUUAGUCCAUGAGAAUAUAAGGAUCAAGUUGAGGAAAGUUUAGCUCUCAUAUGGUGAUCGAGUUGUGGUGGUGGAUAUUGUCUUAGGGCAUCAUUAUUAGAGGCAUCAUUAUUAGAGGGACUGGACUUUGUCCCUUAACUAAAGAUUUUUUAUUUUUUUGUUUUUUUUUGUUCAGUAGAAAGUAAAGACCAGCCUUUAAAUAAGGGCUU